AUGAAAGCUCUUCUCAAGUUCAGGGAAAGCGUAAUCGAUGAAUCACAGCGUUUGUCAUCCUGGUUUGGAGAAGACUGUUGUUUAUGGGAAGGAAUUGGUCGUAGCAAGAGAAGUGGCCAUGUUGUCAAGCUUGAUCUCCAUAACCAAUUUCCAUUUGAUCCUUCCAGGUACUUUAACGACGUAAUCUACGCUAACAGUUACAGCACAACCUGCUUGGGAGGUGAGAUCAAUCCAUCCUUACUCAAGUUGGAGCAUUUGCAAUACUUGGACCUUAGCAUGACCAACUUCUCAGGCAUUCCAAUGCCAACAUUCUUGGGAUCCUUAAGGAAUUUGAGAUAUCUCGACCUGUCUAGCGCAGGUUUUGAAGGAAUGGUUCCUGAUGAUCUAGGAAACCUCUCAAGGUUAAAGUGCCUCCAUCUUGGAGAUGCACCUCAAGGCUGGAGUUUUGGCUCAGACUUCACAUUGACUGCAAAAGAUCUGUGGUGGAUAGCUAAGCUUUCUUCUCUAGAAAGCUUAGACUAG